GUUGUUGGGUUAAAAUUCGGCGUCUGCAUCCUUUUUGAGAUCCGUGUAGGGAUCGGUAGUUUCGGAUGGUUUUUCUAUCCUCUUAAUCCUGUACCAUCCAUCACCCAAUCAACAAUGAAAAUCGCCGUAAUUUUGCCUCUUUUAAUGCUGGGCAUUAUUGCCAGCGUUUUUGCUGUAAAGCAAGAGAGAAUCAACGCUGAUUUGGUGAAUGUAAAUGUAGAAAGAACAGUCGAUUUGGUUUCCCAACUUGUAAAAGUCAACUCUGCAAUAACGCUGAGAAACGAUGGUUCUUCAGCCGUAAAAAGUUUCCUUGUUGCCGUGGAGCCAAAGAAAGCUGCUUUUCUGUCAUUUAUUGGUGGGGUCAAACCAGACGGUGAUGAAAAGAAGGUAUUGAAAGUAGCUAAGGCUGACGUCGCUGGAUACAGUGAUGGCACAUUCUUCAGGGUCAGCCUUGAUAAGAGCCUAGCAGCUGGAGACUCCGUUGAAGUUGUCGUGGACACCGUCUUCACCAAAGCCCUCCGCGCCUACCCCGCCCAGAUCCAGCAGAGUGAGAAGCAGUUUAUGGAGUACACCGGUAGCGCCUACUUCUACACACCCUACCUGACCGAGUCUCAGACCACUGAGGUCAAGUUGGCCUCAUCUACGCUGGAGUUCUACAGCAAGGUGAACCCAGUCACCCUGAACGAUGCUGUCAUCACCUAUGGGCCUUAUGAAAAUGUGGAGGCACUGGCUGUGGAGAAAAUUCGAGUCCACUACGAGAACAACAACCAGUUCCUGGUUGUGACCAGCAUGACCCGUCUCAUAGAGGUGUCUCACUGGGGGAACAUCGCAGUGGAAGAGACCUACGACGUCUACCACUCCGGGGCCAAGCUGAAGGGAUCAUUCUCUCGCUAUGACUACCAGAGGACGCAGGAUGGCUACUCAUCAAUUAAAUCUUACAAGACCUUCUUGCCUGCCUCAGCUAAAGAUGUCUACUACCGCGACGAGAUCGGCAACAUCUCCACCAGUAACCUGCUUGAGCAUGACGACCAUGUAGAGCUGGAACUCAGGCCAAGAUUCCCACUCUUUGGAGGAUGGAAGACGCACUACCUCAUUGGGUACAAUCUACCCAGCUAUGAGAAUCUCUACAACUCUGGGGACAAGUACGUCUUGAAGAUGCGAGUUCUGGACCAUGUCUUUGAUGACAUGAUCGUUGAUGAGCUUACAGUCAGAAUAAUUCUCCCUGAAGGAUCCAAGGACAUUGAUCUUAAGACAACAUUUGAUAUUGAGCGUAAGUCGGAUGAGGUCCACUACACCUACCUGGACACCAUCGGUCGCCCGGUCAUCGUCGCUAAGAAGACCAACCUGGUAGAGCAACACAUUGCUGAUUUUGAACUGCACUACUCCUUCAACAAGGUUCUCCUGCUCCAGGAACCUCUUCUUGUUGUGGGUGCUUUCUUCAUCCUCUUCAUUAGCGUCAUCAUCAUCGUACGACUUGACUUCUCCAUCACUAAGGAUGAAGCGAGUGAGUCUCGUAUGCGAAUUGCUAGCUUGGUGGACAACGUUAUCGAGCAGGUAGAGAAGAAGAGAGCUCUAUACUCAAGCUAUGAGGAUGCCAUCAACAAGUACAAGUCUAGUAAAGACUCUCAAGGAUUCCAGGGUACUCUAAAGAAGCUGGAUACAGAGAACCGCGCCAUGGACAAGGUCGUGCAGGGCCUCGUGGCUAGCCUCAAGCAGGAAGGCUCAGAUGUCACUGAAAAGGUUGUUGAACUUCAGAAGUAUGGAGGUCUCCUGAAGGACUUUGCUCAGACAGCCGUAAACAACGCUGAGAAGGUUGUUGCCGGCAAGUUGUCUAAGCAGCAGUACAUAGACGUGGACAAGACUCUUACGGCCAAACGUAAUGACAUUAACACCAAAGUGGAUGCAAUUCUCACCACUCUACGUUAGGACAGUUCAUUUUUGGAGGCUUUUUUUUUUGUAAAUGCCAACUAAGAAAAGUGUGAAACUAAGGUUACAAUUUGUUCAACGAGUGGCUUCUCACUAGCACCCCAAUCAAAGAUGGGGUUCAAAUCGUACUGUUUUAAAUUUUUCAAUAUUCACCCUAAAGUUAGAUUUUAGCUUUUUGUCUGCCAAAUAGCAGUUUCUGAGGUUAACAACCAGCAGAAUUGUAAACUGUAAGCUGCUGGAAUUCAGUUUCAAGCUAUCUUUCAUGAAAUAUUUAUAAGGUCUUGACCAUGCAAGAACUCGGAAAGGGAAGACAUUUGGUGCCAAUGGUGCAGGAUUUGCCACAAUAGAUAUGCAUAUUUCUUCCACCUCUCCUGGAAAAAAUCUGUGGAAAAAGAACACAUUGCAUGCCUGAUGCUUCAUUUUUGAAAGGGGGAAGGGUACCAAGGCAUUUUCUCAUUGGUAAAGGGCACCUCAAUGAGAAAUUUGUA